AUGUGCGACGGCGAACAACAGCUGCAGGCUCAGCGGUGUCAACAGGCGCGGCGUCAGGCGCUCCUGCUAGGUGCAGCUGCAAGCGCGGCCGGCGAGUUCGGCGGAAAGGUUCGGCGGAUGCGCAAUGGGCACACGGCGGGCGCAGUAGGGUGUGGUAGGGCGCGUUUCCACCAGUUGACCACGCCAAGAAAACUAGGCUUGUGUUUUCUAGUAACCAUGAAGGCCAACGUGCUGCUGCUGGCCAUAGCUCUCGCCACGUUGCUACACCUGGCUUCGGCUCAGACAAAUUACAACUCAACAUGCAAUAACGUGUGCACUUUGUCGGGCAACAACACCAUCUACCUCAACUGCACAGGGCAAUGCGUGACUUGCCUCGCCAACGUUCCUUCCGGCUGUGUUCCCUACUUCAACCCCAUCUUCAACGGAGGCAAUCUUCAGAAGUGUGAGUGCGGUUUCUCCUGCCACGCGUCGCUGGAAUGGUGGCAGUGGAUGCUGGCGGGCUUUGCGAUCUUCUUUGCGUGCGCGAUGGUUGGCGCAUGCAUCAUGUACGGCACCAAGGGAGCACAGUAG